UUCAUUUAGUAAACAUGACAGGAAAUAAAUGUACUCUGAUUUUAGACAUAAAACAUGCUUUGUUAUUUUAUUAAAAUUCAUACGUAUUGUAGAAAUAAACAGUUUCAUUGUAUUCAUUGCUAUAAGUCUGAAUGUUUCUGGAUCUUACUUGAUGGCUUCUGUUUAUUAAAUGGACGCUUGUAAAUUUGUGAAUAUAUUUGACAGUUUUACAUAGAAACAUUAAGAUGUGUUUUCAACACGAAGUCCCUCUGUGCCUUGCAGCGAAUUUAAUUUUGUCAGUGUCAAUUGUACUAAUUAAUAAGAUAGUUUAUGUGAGAACUCAAUUUCCAAAUAUUACAUUAACAUUCAUACAUUUCGUAAUUACAUCUUUAGGCAUCAAAUUAUGCGAGAAAUGUAAUAUAUUCCAAGUUAAACGAGUGCCAUUACUACAGAUUGUGCCACUUGCCAUUUCUUUUUGUGGCUUCGUUGUUUUUACAAAUUUAUCAUUGCAAUUUAAUACUGUUGGAACAUAUCAAAUACUUAAAACUUUAACCAUGCCAACAAUUAUGCUCAUUCAAACAUUUUUCUAUAGCAGAACAUUCUGUGUUAAAAUAAAACUCACUCUGGUGCCAAUAUCGUUAGGUGUAUUUUUGAAUUCUGCUUAUGACAUUAAAUUCAAUGUGGCAGGAACAGUUUAUGCUUUAAUUGGUGUUAUGGUGACUUCAUUUUAUCAAGUGUGGGUUGGAGAAAAGCAAAGAGAAUUUCAAAUGAAUUCAAUGCAGUUGUUGUAUUAUCAGGCUCCUCUUUCUUCACUUUUGUUAUUAUUUUGUGUGCCAAUGAUAGAACCACCUUGGGCUCAGGAUGGGCUAUUCAACCAUAACUGGUCUUUAUAUGAUUUAACUUUAGUCUUAAUUUCUGGUUUGAUAGCAUUUUCAGUUAAUUUGUCUAUUUACUGGAUAAUUGGCAAUACCUCAGCAGUGACAUACAAUGUGGUAGGCCAGUUAAAAUUUUGUCUAACCUUACUGGGUGGAUAUCUUAUUUUUAUGGAACCAAUUUUGCCAAUUCAAUUUCUGGGAAUUCUAAUUACAAUGAUUGGUGUUUCUCUUUAUGCAUAUCUUAAGAGUCAAGACCAUAAGGCUGUUUCAAGUCUACCUUAUGUUCUGAAGAAAUAAAAUUAAAGCUUAUUUUAUUAAGCUGAAUAAGUACUUUUUGUGAUAAGAAUAUUAAUCUAAUUU